AUGAUUCAUUCUUUGUACGGUAGUCUCUGCCCUGAUCCGCUGACCGCCGUAGCGGCUCUUAUGGAUCCUCUGUUGACCACCAAAGACACGACAUUCACGAAGAUCUUUGUCGGCGGCUUGCCGUAUCACACCAGCGACAAGACUCUCCGCCAGUACUUCGAGCAGUUCGGCGACAUCGAGGAAGCGGUGGUGAUCACCGACCGUCAGACGGGCAAAAGUCGAGGCUAUGGAUUCGUAACGAUGAAGGAACGGUCUUCGGCCGAGAGAGCGUGCAAAGACCCAAAUCCAAUAAUCGACGGCCGCAAAGCCAACGUUAACCUGGCUUAUUUGGGCGCCAAGCCAAGAAACAACGUACCUUUGGGUAAGAGUGACGGCGGCGACGACUCGGCAACAGAUUGCCCUGUCCGUCUGUCCGUCUGUACGUUCCGGCGAUUCGGCAACCAGUAUCUAUUAACUUUGUCUUUAGGAUUGCCGCUGGCGCUGCAACCUUCAGCUGCCAUACCGGCAUUGCUUCCGGGUCGCUUAGGGUAA